GGGAGGAGGAGUGGUGUGGUUAGUCGCUGCUGCGGGCAGAGAGACAGAGUGAGAAACCUGCUGGCAGAGAGGACACAAGGACAAAAACCAUGACAGCCUCCUGGAAGCAGCUCUUUUUUCAGAUGCUCCUGCUUGUCGCCUCCUGCAGACGCAUCAAUACAAACUCAUCGACCCCAACCAAAGAACCACUGCUCCCCACCCCUACUCUGUCAACAGAUGUAAAGAGUAUCGUUCUGAAAGGUGACAGUCUCACUGAGACAGUUGAACUGUUGAAACCUGUCAAGCUGUUGCUGGAGUGCAAAUGGACUGGUAAUGAGGAAAAGCUACCAAACAUAACUGGCUUCUGGACAAAAGAUGGGACCGAAAUUCUGGACAGUCGUCGCUCAGUGCAGUGGGAGAAUGAGCAGUACAAUCUGAAACAAAUGUUCACAAUCGACAGUGAAGGAGAUCUUGGGAACUACUCGUGCGUUUUUGGAAAUGAAGCAAGUUCAAAUUUUAUUCUGUCAGUACCACAGAUCGGUGAGGUGCGAGAUAAGCCAGUAGUCAGCUAUGUGAGGGAUUUUGUGGCAUUACAAUGUAAAAUGAAGGAAACCAAACCACAGCCCACCACCUGGAUCUGGUUUAAGGGAAAUGCGACAGAUAAGGAACGGAUCUUUCCUGCUGAAAAUCGCUACGUAAUUGAAAAUGUCAACAAUAAGACCAGGCUGGUGGUGCACAACCUGACGGAAGCUGAUGGAGGCUUCUACUACUGUGGUGCAGUGUACGCCAUCGGUACUACCUUAGGCUGUGUGGAGCUCAGGGUCAUCACAAUGCUGGAGCCUUUGAAGCCAUUCAUAGCCAUCCUGGUCGUGGUCAUUGUCCUCGUCACUGCCAUUCUGCUCUACGAGAGGAUUCAGUCCAAGGAAAAGAAUGCAGCAGAAAAUGGCAUGAGCACUGACCAAACGAAUUCGCUGCCACAUGGAGAAGAAAACGGACCAGAGGGACAUUCUUCAGUGAGACAGCGUAAAGUCUAAAGGCUCAAAUCCAGCAGAUUCAGGCUUCCUUAUAAUACUUGGAUAUAUUAUUAUGCAGUUGUCAACUCUUAUGCACAUUUUCGUUUGGAAUUAUUUCAUUGAAAGACACUUUUUAAAUUUCAUUCUGUCACAGUGUUUGACGACACAACGGCAAGUUUCUUCAGGUGUGAGCUUCCUGUGAGGAAACUGAAAUCAUGCACUCAAUUUCACAUCACUUGACAGUCUUAAGUUCUGUUGAAACGGAAGUGCGUUUUGUUUUUGGAAACAGCCGAAACCUCAGCUCUGCUGCUGCUGUUCACAUUUUGUGGUUUGUGAGCAGUGCCUUACACUUUGAAAAAGCAAUUAACCCUUCACUGUGCUUGCAACGACUAUUUAGAGCUUGUCCUCACCGUGACCUAAAAAAAUGUGUAUCAAGAUAUAUCCUCCUGUAUGGAAUAUAGUCAGGACCACGUUUAUCCCUGAAGAAAACCUGCACUGUAUGUGAAAAUAAAGCAAAAUAUUUACUGUGA